AUGAUACAGGUCCUAAAAGUCUUCUCGUCGAAAAGCCGAAAAAUAAAAUACAAAACUAAGCCUAGAAAGGAACACGUCUGCGAAAUAUGUAACAAAAAAUAUAAACAUAAUUUCUUACUAAGAAACCACAAACGGAUUCACACUGGUGAAAAGCCGUUCACCUGCGAAACAUGCAAUAAGUCAUUCACACGAAAAACCAUCUUGAAAGAUCAUCAGCGAACACACACAGGGGAAAAGCCGUAUAAAUGCGACAUUUGUAACAGACCCUUCGCUUAUAAAACUCAUUUAGUCGAGCAUAAAAGAAUUCACGCUGGUGAAAACCCGUACUCGUGCAAAGUAUGCAACAAGCGGUUUAAGCGCAAAACACAUCUAUCGCUCCACGAAUUAAAUCAUAUGGAUAAAUCAUACACCUGUAGAACGUGCAACAAGAAGUUUACGCAAGAAAUACUCUUGACGAGACACGAAAGGGUCCACACCGGUGAGAAGCCGUUGUCUUGUGAGACAUGUAAGAAACAGUUUUCGGAAAAACAUAAUUUAACACAGAAUAUUCGUGUUCACACUGGUGAGAAACCAUACUGUUGUAUUACAUGUCACAAAAGGUUCUCUCAUAAAUACCACUUAGCUACACAUGAGCUUAUACACGUAAGGGAUAUGCGGUAUUCGUGUGAUGUAUGCAAAAAACGAUUUAGGCUUAAAUCUAACUGGAAAAAACACGCGCGUGAACACUGAUGAGUGACGUGAUU